UCUCAUUCAUAAAGCGCCCGGCGGCGGCGGCCGGGAUUCCCUGCCCGGGCUCGGCGCUGCAGCUGUGCCUCCAGUUCUCCCGUCCCGCCGCCGGCCGAGCCCCUGCGGCUUCCGCGCUCGCACCAGGACGCUUCGGCGGGCACCCUCCUGCCGCUCUGCCCUCUCCUGUCCCGGCUGCCUCCGGGAGCGGCCUACGGCCGGCAUGAAAGUCACGUCCCUCGACUGCCGCCAGCUGAGGAAGCUCCUGAGGAAGGAGCCCUCCCGCUGCCUGGUGCUGGACUGCCGGCCCUACCUGUCGUACUCGGCUUCCUGCCUCCGCGGCUCGCUCAACGUCAACCUCAACUCGGUGGUGAUGCGGCGGGCCCGCGGCGGGGCCGUGCCGCUCCACUUCGUGGUGCCCGACGCGGCGGCCCGAGCCCGGCUGAUGCUGGGCAGCGAGGGGACGGCGGGGAGCGCCCGCCUGGCAGCCGUGGUGGUGCUGGACCAGGGUACAGGGCACUGGCAGAAGUUGAAGAAGGACAGCACGGCCCAGAUCGUCCUCAAUGCCCUGCUCUCCAGCCUGCCGGAGGCCGGGACCAGGGUCUGCUUCCUGAAAGGAGGAUAUGAAACCUUUAACUCGCAAUAUCCUGAGUGCUGUGUGGAUGGAAAACUCAUUUCCCCAGAGAAGACUGAGGCAGAGAGAAACGUUGCCAGCCACUGUGAGAAGCAGAGUGCCAACCACAAACCCGUUUAUGACCAGGGUGGUCCAGUUGAAAUCCUGCCUUUUCUCUACCUUGGUAGUGCCUAUCAUGCUUCCAAGUGCGAGUUUCUUGCCAACCUGCACAUCACAGCCCUCCUCAAUGUCUCCAGAAAAAGCUCAGAGUCCUUCAAAGACCAAUACUGCUACAAGUGGAUCCCAGUGGAGGACAGUCACACAGCAGACAUCAGCUCACACUUCCAGGAAGCCAUUGACUUCAUUGAUUAUGUCAGGCGAACAGGAGGCAAGAUCCUGGUGCACUGCGAAGCAGGGAUCUCGCGCUCUCCCACCAUCUGCAUGGCCUAUCUCAUGAAGACAAAGAAGUUCUGCCUGGAGGAAGCCUUCGAUUACAUCAAGCAGCGCCGGAGCCUGAUCUCACCAAACUUUGGUUUCAUGGGCCAGUUGCUACAGUACGAGUCAGAGAUCUUGUCUUCCACUCCCAGCCCUGCUGUUGCCUCAUGCAAAAGAGAAGCCGCAUCUUUCUUUGCAGAAGAACUGACAUUAGGCAAAAACUUUGAAGGCUCCUGUUUUGCCUUUCCUACCUCAGUGUUAAGUUCUGUGCCCAUCCACUCUCCUGUCCAUCAGCUGAAACUCAGCCCCAUGACAGCAUCUUCAUCCUGCUGAGGAGACCAGAACUGAUGGGACCAGAGCUGAUGUGGUCCUCUGAUCCAAAAUGUGACCCCAACAAGAACAUUUCAUGAAUGUGCAAUAGAGAAACUUCAUCAACUUAGCCUGAGAUGGAGAAGUUGUCGUGGGUCAUACCUCCCAUAUGCUGUGACUGUAAGACACAAGUUCUCUAAGUGUGGCAGGUUUUAUGAUCUUUUAUUGUCCUUUUUUUUUUUAAGAAAAUAGAAAGGAAAAGAAAAUAAAAAGUGCUUUCUUUUUUUAGAGGUUUUUAACCACAGAGUGUGCACCCACUACUGUAUUUCCAGAUUCCUGAGGAGCAAUGAGAAAUCUAUUCAGUAUGUUCUCAGCUCCCAUCUCCUUCCCUCCUCGUUUUUUAAAAGACCCUUAUUUAAAUUUGCAAGCAAUAAACAGCAGCAGCAGGGAAGAAAGCAAAAUGAAAAGCACCACCUUUGCAGCUGCAGAGAUGGUGGGAGUAGUAAAUAUUUGUUCUGCUUUUGCUUGGGCUUUCCUCCUCCUCUCCUGUGUCAUGUUUCAGGGAGCAAAAGGCUAGGGUGCCAGGAGAGAGCUCCUUUCCCAGGACACUGUUGCAUAACCAGGUGAAAAUCCCCUUUUCUGCUUCAUCCUCUGAAGUGUCUGGUACUGGCCACAGUGUAACUGGACACCAAACCGUUGGGGGAUCCAUUCAGGUGUGGCAUUUCCUGUACUUCUGCGUUUGCCUUUGUACUGGAUGUACUUUUAACUAAAGCAGGGGACUUAAACGAAGCUGUCAGGCUACCCUGCUGAGUUGUUAUCCUGCCAUCUGUUAUUUAAGAACAGCCCUAAAAUACUUGAAUGUCUCCACAAUCCUCCCAUAAUAUAACACUGUAACUGCUGGAUUUACACCAAAAAAACCUGACGAGCUCGGCUCCAAGCCAGCUCUUCCUCCAUCCCUCCCCAAGUGUUCUUGAUGUGUAUCAUGUGUGGUUAAGUGGUCUUUUUCAAUGUUAUCUGGCUUGCUCUGUGUGUGUGGCCACCUCUAGCCUGCCUUUGUCUGCAAAAAAACCCAGUUUCUGUCUUGCUCACGUUGGUUUCUGUGUCUGCAGGGAGUUCAGAAUAAGGAACUAUCUUUAUCUGUUGACCAUUUUAUUAUUGUUUCUUUUUUUUUUUAAUUAUAUGUAGUAUGUAUGGGAAAUGGCAAUAAUUUCCAGGAGAUCUCGUGAAUGUGAAAGAAAACCUGCCAUGGUUUUUAUGGAGUGUAUAAAAUAAUAAAGAAAAAAAAAACAUGCCAGGAAA